UCUGCAGCUGGGGGUCUUCAGUACAGAAACACAGCAGCAGACUGUUGGAGGUUCAGGUGAUUCAGGGCUGUUUACUGUACUGGAUCAGAUCCAGUGCAGAGAUUGGAUUCUCCCCGCUCUCCUAUAAAGAAGAGCAGCAGAAGAUCCAGCUCACCUGCUGCAGAAAUAAAUGCUGUCCUGUUUCAAGUCUCAAAUGAAAGAUUUUACAAAAGUGUUAAGCUGCUGAACGAGGGGAAGAACAUGGCAUCCAGAGGAACCUCCAGUUCUCAAGAAACGCCCUCUCCAAACAGCACAGACAAGAAGAAAACGCACUGCUGUUCAGACUGUGGGAAAUGUUUUACUCGACAGGAUACUCUCCAAAUACACCAGCGCAUUCACACUGGAGAGAAACCAUAUGCCUGCACAGAAUGUGGGAGAUGUUUUAGUCGAGGGAGUGUUCUCCUUCGACAUCAGCUUGUUCACACAGGAAAAAAACUGUAUUGCUGCUCAGAUUGUGGGAGACGUUUUAGUCAACGGGGUAAUCUUGAUGCACAUCGGCACAUUCACACUGGAGAGAAACCAUAUCAGUGCUCAGACUGUGGGAAGAGUUUUAAUCGGAAAAUGUCACUAAAGCAACACCAGCGCAUUCACACAGGAGAGCAACCGUAUCACUGCUCAGACUGUGGGAGGAGUUUUAAUCAACAAAUUGCACUGACACAACACCAGCGCAGUCACACAGGAGAGAAACCGUAUUACUGUUCAGCAUGUGGAAAGAGUUUUAAUCAUCAAACCACACUGAAACAACACCUUCUCAUUCACACUGGGGAGAAACCGUAUCAUUGUUCAGAUUGCGGGAAGAGUUUUAAUCGGCAAAUGUCACUAAAGCAACACCAGCGCAUUCACACAGGAGAGAAACCGUAUCACUGCUCAGACUGUGGGAAGAGUUUUAAACUACGGAGUCAUCUCAAAGGACAUAGUCGCAUUCACACUGGGGAGAAACCAUAUCACUGUUCAGAUUGUGGGAAGAGUUUUAGUCAACAAAGUGCACUAAAGCAACACCAACUCAUUCACACUGGGGAGAAACCGCAUCACUGUUCAGAUUGUGGGAAGAGUUUUAAACUACAAAGUGCUCUAAAGCAACAUCUGCGCAUUCACACAGGAGAGAAACCAUAUCACUGUUCUGACUGUGGGAAGAGCUUUAAACAACAGAGUCAUCUCGAAGCGCAUAGGCGCAUUCACACUGGGGAGAAACCAUAUCACUGUUCAGAUUGUGGGAAGAGUUUUAAUCAACAAACGACACUAAAUCGACACCAAUGCAUUCACACAGGAGAAAAAACAAAUCACUGCUCUGACUGUGGGAAAAGUUUUACUCAUCAGAGUAAUCUCCUUAACCACAAGCACAUUCACACUGGAGGAAAACUGUUUUACUGUUCAGACUGUGGGAAGCUCUUCAGGUAUUCACAAACAUUGAGGGGACACAAGUGCAUUAAGGAGCAGUUGUGGAAAUAUGCAGUGACACCUUAAUCCAUUCUAGUUAUUAGGCCUUAUUCUAGAAAUAUGAGUAUCUUGUUUAAAGCUGUAGAUUAUUUUAGUAAUCGAGUACUUUACUGAAAAAUCGAUUCGAUUAUUUGAGUAAACGAAUAAAACAUUUGUUUGCAUAAAGAGUCAUUAAAAAUACACAAGAGAAAACAAGUCAUUUCACUUAAUAAUGAAUGACCAAUUGAAGUUAUAUUUUUAAAUUCACAACACACAUUUCCAAACUCCAAACACAAAUAUAAAUAAAUAAAGGAAUAAUAAUAAUUUAUUAAUCAAUAAAAAAAGGCAUAAACAUUUGCAAAGAUGUUGACAGUUCGUCUCGCCAAGCCGGUGACGUGUUCACUUACAUAAAGCCUUAUUAAGUCCAUAAUUGUCUGUUUUUGACAGUAUUUCUAGUAAUCAGGACUCCACAGUGCUGUCGUUAUGUUAAGGUACAUUAUUGUUAUUAAUAUUAUUAUUAUUAUUAUUAUAUUAACCUUCUCUAGGCUCCACCGCUAACGUGUCUUUGGCUGAGAUGGUGCAGACGCUGUCCAGCAUAAAAUGCUUCAUUAUUAUUGCCCUUUUUUCUCAUAAGUUGUCGCUCUUUCCCCAAAUUACCCUUUUCUCAACUACAACCUCCGCCGCCUCCUCUUUCCUAAAUGCGCGGGUGACUUAGCGCUAAGCGCGUUGAGUUUUUACUUAAGUAAACGAUUACUCGAGGCACAGAAAAUUACUGGAUCAUUUUUUUAAAUCAAGUAACUCCAAUUACUCGAGCAAUCCUUUCACCACCAUCCUAUACAGAGCAGUAAGCUAAAAUUCCUUCAAGACAGUGUGCAGGAUUAACCAACAGAUACCAGAAACUUCUAGUUGCAAUUGUUGCUGCAAAAGUGGGUCACACCAGACACUGAAAGCAAAGGUCCACAUACUUUUGCCACUUACAAAUAAUAAAUAUUGGAUCAUUUUCCUCAGUAAAUAAAUGACCAGGAUUGAA